AUGUCGGGGCGAUCUCGAUUUCAGAGAGCCAAACAUGCCAAAGGUAAUCUCGAAGGAUCGGUCGAUGACUCGUGGAAGAUGUGGCCGUCUGUCACCAUUUCCUUCUCCGGGUUUCCUAGGCCCCUAAGCACACUCGCAGUCUGGAGAUCAUUCUACAAGCAAGGCAAUAUCACCUCGAUUGAAAUCACUGUCGACAAGUACGGCCGCCCUAUGAAUAAGGGUCGCGUUCGUUUCACAUGCUAUGUGCUAGAUACUGAUGGUUUUGGAUUGAAUGAUAGGCCUCCACCAUACCACAACUUUUGGAGUCGUGGCGUCUUCUAUGUGAAGCUCGAUUCUGGACGCCCUGUGUACCUUAAUGUUUCCCUGAUUUCCGACUUCAAGAGAAACCCGGCCCCAGGCCCAGCUCGUUCAAACUUCGUAUAUCUUGAGAGGCUGGAGCUCCAUGCGUCCCAGCUUGCGGUGGGCAUCCAGCAAGAUGCGUCUACCAUCAAUCUCCUCAAGGGAUUCGCCUGGCUGGUUAGGCUGUGGAUCAACGCUCAGGAAAGAGCACUUUACAUCGGCUUUAACGAAGAGAUACCAACGCCCAGUGGCUUCAAGAUAAAUGCUACAUUUGUCAACCCCCAGAUAUCCUUUCGACUGAAGAUUCCAUUCAGUCAAUUGAAUGAUGUGUGGGAGGUUCACAAUAACACUGGGACCCACUCCCCUAAAACAAAGUUCUCUUUCAUCAUACUCCUGAAUUACCCAGGCAUCUACUACCGCAAGCUAUCCGAUAUAAAAACUACAUUCACUAAGGACCUUAGUUGGAAAGAGGCGGAUACGUGGACACGGCAGACCCGUAUAAAUUAUAACGCAUCACGAGAAUUUGACACCCCGACCAAACUGCAAACCUCAGGCGAUAUCAUGGAUAUCGGACGGUGGAACGUCUUGAAACUCACACUAGAGUCCAGCGAUCUCAACUUCAAAAGCCGGAUACUCAUCAAAGAUGUACUCCGAGAUCAUAACAUAACGUUCCAAGAUGGGGCCCAUUUCCAUGAAAUUCAAAGUAUUCUCAAGCCGAUAUGGAAAUGUAUCGAUAGACAAGUGAAUCCAAAAUGGGGACAUCUGGGGGAUCUUGUCGAUGAGCACACGGUAUUAUUACCUUUCCCUGUUCGUUAUCAGCUCGAGGUUUGCAUUUCUCAUGGCCACCUAUCUGAGUUCAAUAUGACUCGUGAGUUCAUCGUCAGACUGAUGAAAGAUGGGGAUUUCAAAGCUCAGCGAUUGCUUGAGCAUGUUGCGACACACAAGCGAAAGUACCUCAAUCCCAUGGAAAUUUUCCACAUUAAGGCUGCUACGGGUGUCACUAGUUCGAGAAUAUCGGACUAUUGCUGCUUCAUGCGGACUGCUAGAGUUACCCCAGCCACCAUCUAUUUCAACACACCGACGGUUGAUACCUCGAAUCGUAUCACGAGAAAAUUCAGUGAGUUUGCUGACCGUUUCCUUCGAGUCCGGUUCUCAGACGAACUGUAUAUCGGAGCGAUCAGAUCAACCAUCAGUCAAGUAGAUGACGAGGUUUACAGACGGGUCAAGGCAACCCUUGUCAAGGGCAUCACUGUGGGAGACCGCCACUUCGAGUUUCUGGCUUUCGGUAACUCCCAAUUUCGAGAACAAGGCGCUUGGUUUUUCGCAUCUGUUCCAAAUUUGUCUGUCGCCGACAUCAGAGCCUGGAUGGGCCAGUUCAGUCAUAUCCGGAAUAUUGCAAAGUACACCUCCCGACUGGGCCAGUGCUUUUCCACGACCCGCCCUGUCGGGGCCUCGAAUGUCCAGAUUGAAGUAAUCCCGGACAUUACGCGUAAUGGGUAUAACUUCUCUGAUGGUAUCGGCAAGAUCUCGAAGUUCCUGGCUCAAAUGACCAUGAAUAAAUUGAAGCUCAAGACCCAGAAUGGCGAGCCCCCAUCAGCUUUCCAGUUCCGUCUUGGGGGGGUGCAAAGGAAUCGCAAGUUUGAUUGCCCUCAUGGCAGUCUGGAAAUUAUUCGCUCUUCUUCGUACUCCAUUGCAACUUUGAACCGCCAGUUGAUUCUGAUCCUCGCUGCUCUGGGCCUUCCUACGAAUGUGAUUCUUGCUAAACAAGAUGCAAUGUUGCAGAGCUUCAAUCAGGCCAUGACAGAUGACUCGCAGGCAAUCGCUCUACUUCAAAGAUUCGUGGACCCUAACCAAACAACAUUGACAUUGGCUAAUCUCCUACAAGACGGGUUCCGGCGGGUCGACGAGCCAUUUGUCAGCUCUAUGCUUUCCCUUUGGAAGGCUUGGCAUCUCAAGUCACUGAAAGACAAAGCUAAGAUCGUCAUUGAGAAAGGAGCCAGCCUCUUUGGUGUCCUGGAUGAAGUUGGCAUUCUGCAGGGCUGGUUUGACGCAAAGGUCAAGAGAGCAGAGACAACCGGCGCGAAGCACGCCGACAAAUUAGCAGCGCUUCCCGAGAUAUUCGUCCAAGUUACCUCUCCUGAAAACAAUGGAGAGCCCAAGAUUAUCGAAGGAGUGUGCAUUCUUGCACGCAACCCAUCUCUGCACCCGGGGGAUAUCCGGGUGGUGCGCGCAGUGUAUGAGCCGAGACUGCGGCAUCUUGUCGAUGUGAUUGUUUUUCCCCAGACUGGAGAUAGAGACCUUGCGAGCAUGUGUGCCGGAGGAGAUCUAGAUGGAGAUGACUACCUCGUAAUGUGGGAUCCGGACCUAAUUCCGGUGAGAUGGUUCACGAAACCAAUGGUGGAUAACAACAAGAUAGCCCCCGAAUUAAACCGUGAUGUGACCGUUGAUGACAUGACGACGUUUUUCGUCACCUUCAUGAAGGAAAAUUGCCUCCCUAGAAUUGCAAAUGCCCACAUGGCCUGGGCAGACACACUGCAGGGCGGCGUCCUUGAGCAGAGGUGUGUAGAACUGGCACACAUGCACUCCGUAGCUGUCGAUUAUAACAAGACAGGUCAACCUGCAAAGAUGACUGGGAAUCUUGAACCACGGCAGUGGCCACACUUCAUGGAAAGGGAACCUCGUAGGAGUUACCUAUCCAAGAAGGUUCUGGGUCGACUCUACGACGCAGUAGAGACCAUCCACUUUGUACCUGAUCUAUCCGCUCCUUUUGACUCCCGCAUUCUGAAGUCUGAUCUCGUUCCAGCGAGUGAGACAUUCACGGGGUUUGCGACACAAUUGAAACAAGAGUAUGAUGCGGCGAUGCUGCGAAUAAUGGCACAAUUCGCGAUCAAGACCGAGUUUGAGGUUUGGUCUACAUUUGUCCUGAAUCACAGUCGCAUCGUCAAAGCAUACAAGUUGCAUGAAGACUUGGGCCGUAUCGUCGAGACUCUGCGAGCUGGUUUCCGUCAGCAGUGCUUCGAUCACGUUGGCGGGCGUAGUCUCGAAGAUGUUGCUCCGCUAGUCAUCGCGAUGUAUUACGUGACUCACAAGGUGACAAAUGAGGCGCUGGCAAAGCGUCACAAAUUGGCGCUCUCUGACGACGAUGACCAUCGCUCUAGUGGCCCUGAUCCAGACACAGACACAGCUCAUGGAGAGCCGAACUCACCUCUUGUUAGCUUCCCGUGGAUCUUCCAUGAAUAUUUGGGCGUGAUUGCAUCAGGUCGGUUGACAAAGGACAGGCUCGACACAUACCAGAAGGACAAGAUCUCUUCCAAGGUGUACAGCCACGCAGAAGUCGAAGACCUGCUACUUCACCCCGGGCUUGGAGGCACUAAUAUGGCCAGUGCUUUGUUGGACGUUCCAGAUAUGGAUGAGGACCAAAUCAAAGAAACGCCCAUUGAGCCCACCAGCAAGCAUUCACCCUCCGGCCACAGAUCUUCCUCUGAAAGACACCGUGAUGUCGUUGAUUUGAUCGACCUUACACCCUCCAGUCCCAGUUCAGCAUCCUUUGUGUUCACCGAUGCCAUUGAUGAAGAACUCUCUCUGAUGAUACUUGACGAGGAUGAGAACAAGGACAUCAGGUCAGAUGAAGUGACGCCUGCUGCCCGGGAAAUAAGGGACCAUCUGGACUAUGAUGGAACAGAGGAGACUGAGGCUAUUAUCGAGGAGGUCAAUAGCAAUGGAGAGACUGAUGAGGUCGACAUCAUGGUCGAAGAAAUCGUAGAGACGGACUCCCCAAAGUCCAUUUUGACGCACCUUCUAUGUCUGCUUGGCAGUUAG